GCCAAUUUUCCCAGUUCCACUCCAGUCGCCUCAGCGCGCAGUCGCUUUUCCAAAUAGCUGAGCUUUAGUGGCGAGAGUGCGCGAGCAAAGUGCAUUUAUUCUACGGGUUUUUAUUCUUCGAUCGAAAGAAGGUUAAUUAUUUUGGCUGUGAUCGCGGCUGUAAAGUGAAAGUGAUCAAGGAUUGCAGUGAUUCUUUCCCUCACUUUUGGUCCACUCAAGGAGAUUUUGCAAGUCUAGAAGGCGAGAUUAAAGGUGUCUUAUCGGGAAACGUGUAUGACCUAAAAGAGUUGUAGUGCAGUAGUUGAAAGCGAAAGUCAGGUGAUAAUGAUAUUUCCGGCGAUAACGAAGAAGAGGGUGUUGAUUGCUGCUCUGCUGGCGGCAAUUGUGGUGGCUGUGGUGUUGGUCACGGUGUACUUCACGGUGUGGAAGCCCAAGAAUGUGGAGUCGGAGCCUCGAAGGAUGGCCAUUGUGGCGAAUGGGAUGGAGUGCGCGGACAUUGGGAUGGAGAUACUGAGGAGGAAUGGAUCGGCGGCCGAUGCUGCCAUUGCCACGCUCUUCUGCGAGGGUGUGACUUGUCCGCAGAGCAUGGGACUCGGCGGGGGCUUCGUGAUGACGAUCUAUUCCAAGAGCAAGGGUGAGGUGGAGUCGCUGAUUGCGAGAGAAGUGGCUCCGUUGGCUGCCACUGAGGAUAUGUUCAAGAAUGGCACAAUCAAUUCCGUCGAGGGGGGUCUCGCGAUUGCCGUUCCCGGUGAACUGAAGGGUUAUUGGUCGGUGCAUCAAAAGUACGGAUUGUUGCCUUGGGCGGAUCUUGUAAAGCCCACAAUUGAGCUCUGUCGUCAGGGGCACUUGGUGUCUCCCUAUCUGGAGAACAUUCUCAGGGGCCGCGCUUCCAGAAUCUACGCUGAGCCCACUCUCAGGGAGAUCUACAUCAAUCCGGAGACGAACACCACUUGGCAGAUUGGUGAUCGCAUAAAGAGGCUCAAAUUGGCAGAGACUCUGGAAGUCAUCGCUGAAGACGGUGUUAAUGCACUGUACAAUGGUCGUCUGACGAAGGGAUUCAUUGAGGACAUUCAGAGCUUCGGAGGAAUUGUCACUGAACAGGAUCUCCUCCAGUAUCGGGUGAGAUGGGACAAACCCGUGACGGCGAAUCUCAAGAGUGGCUUCACGAUGUACUCAACGCAAGCUCCAACUUCUGGACCACUUUUGGCGUUCAUUCUCAACGUCUUGGAUGGCUUCUUGGACACUUUGGAGUCACCUGUGACGUGGCACAGGGUUGUCGAGGCAUUUAAGUACGCCUACGCCUUGAGGACUAACAUGGGAGAUCCGCUGUUCGUGCCCUCGGUCGAUGCGCUCGUGGCGAACCUCACGAAUGCCGAAUAUGCAGAGAUCAUCAGGAGCUUAAUUGAUGAUAACACCACCUACAACACCUUUGAGCACUACGGAGCGGACUUUACCAAUGUCGAGGAUCACGGAACGGCGCAUAUUUCCAUCCUGGCGCCCAAUGGAGACGCCGUCGCUGCCACAAGCACGGUGAAUUACAUCUUUGGCGCCAUGAGACGCUCACUGAGCACUGGAAUCAUCCUGAAUGAUGAGAUGGAUGAUUUCUCAAUUCCCGGGGUGGAAAAUGUUUACGGAGUGCCAGCUUCUCCUGCCAAUUUCAUCAGUCCCAGGAAGACUCCAAUGUCCUCAAUGUGUCCAGCAAUCUUGGUGGACAGUGAGGGAAAUGUGCGGAUGAUUGUGGGUGGCGCUGGAGGAUCGAAGAUUACGACGUCUGUGGCUUAUAUUAUUAUGCGUCAUUUGGUGUUCAAUGAGAGCCUAAUCGAUGCCAUGCACGCCAAGAGAAUUCACCAUCAAUUGGCGCCAAUGCGACUGGACUUUGAGAAUGGAUUCAAUGAAGAGAUUAUUAAGGGCUUCUCGGAAAGAAAUCAUGAGCUGUACGAAGUGUCUCCAGGAUCGGGCUUUGCAGCCCUGACGGCGAUCAGUUCGGAUGGGGCACAAAGGCUGGAGGCUGUCUUCGAUCCACGGCGCAACGGAUCGUCCAAUGUGAGUGAAAUGUAGUGACGCAAUACAAUCGCUGAGCCAGGAGGAAAUCUGCAAGUCCAACCAUCCCAACCCCCUUUUUCAGUUAGAUUUAAAUGAUUACUGUGAUUAACAAUAGCGAAGAGGAGUCGAUAAGGGGAGUGAAGAAGAUAUAGUGUUAAAUUUAUACAAGGAAUGCUAUAAAAGAAGCAAGGAUAGUGUGAACAAGACGUAUUUUGUAAGUGCAAAAAGUACAGUAUAAAAAAAGUAAUUAAAAAGCCA